ACUCGGUGAAACACAAAUUUAAAACUUAACAUCAACAUUUUAAAAUUAAAAAAAGAAAAUGGAGUUACAUAAGGGACAAUGCCUCCAAACAGCAGCUGAAGCACAAGAAUUUAUUGCACAGUUUGCAAAAGCUCAUUGGCAUCCUCUGCGUCAAAGAAAUAGUGUAACAGUUGUGUCUUAUAAUAAGAAAUAUACACAAAAGAUGCUGAAUGCCAAUACUGAAUUGGAGUUUAAUUCAGCUGUUGAAAAUUUAAAAGAAGUACCAUGUUUUUACCAAUAUAUUGUGGAAAAUUGGAUUCCAUAUAAAGAUUCUAUAACAGCUUUUUGGUCGCAAAUGUGUACGUCACCUUAGCAAUUGUACAAAUAAUCGAAUUGAGAGCUUCCAUGGUACUUUAAAGAAAUUAAUUCCUUCUUCGAGAGUUGAUAUGGAUGUAUUAGUCAACAAUUUACUGGGUAUGUCAUCUCUCAGAUCCAUGGAAUCUGUUCAUCGAGAUUUUGAAAAUACAUUAAAAAAUGUAACAGGCAACAAAUCUUCUCCUUUGGUAGAAAAAUAUUUUAAAAUAUGUACCCGGUACUCUUCUAAUUUAUUGCAAAAUGAGGUAGAGAUGGCUUGUUGUAAUGGGUAUACUAUUAACAAAAAUCAUAGCACAUCAGAGUUUGUGGUAACCAGCCCUUCUACACUUAAUGCAUAUUUAAUAGAUCUUAAUUUUAACUGUUCGUGCAAUUUUCAAAAAGAAAUGGGACUACCUUGUUGUCAUUUGUUUGCAGUAUGGAUUGCUUGUGAAAUAGACUUGUUUAGACCGGAAACAAUUGCUUCAAGUAUAAAAAUGCAGGUGGCUCUUGUCUACUAAUACACCAAACUUGGCCAAUGUUUCACAAAACACUACCAUUUCUAUGUCGCGUGUUACUCCAAGUUUGUCACGUUCCUCAAGAUUCAAUUCCAUAAUGUUGUUAAUGAAAGAAAUUGCAUCAUAUGUCAGCUACAUAAUUCAUUUCCAUUAUAUUACGAAAGUAUGGAACGUCUGCAAAAAUUUAUUUUUAAUAAUACUCCAGAAGAAGCUCUUAAUGCUUUAACAAACAUUGAGUCAAUUUAUUUUGAAUUGAACAACAAUGCAUUGGUUUCAGAUUCGUCAAAGUAAGUUAAAGCUUCUGACAUCCAACCAACUGUUAAUUGCAGUGUUGACACUGCCAUUAUUGCAUCUAGUGAUGUUGUAUCAAAUGUUGUUGCAGUAACUGAUUUUGAAAUAACUGAUUUUGCAAUAGCUGAUGUUGCAAUAAAUGAUGUUGCAAUAACUGAUGUUGCAUCAACUGUUAAAACUACUGAGGCUCAAACAAAUGUUGUUUCAAUAACUCAAUCUAAUGAGCAGUGUUCUUUUGAGAAACCUUUUACAGAAGAGUUAUUUUUUGCCAGAAUACCAAAGGUCCGUGGCAGGCCAGCUGCGACCAAACAGCGAGCAUUUAAAAUGUUUGGUAAUAAAACAACUAAGCCAUCAUCUUUAAUGCCAAAGAUCUCAGAAUCUCUGCAAAAUAGUAUAACAGAAAGUAGUGUAGGCCAAUUUCAACAAAAUGACAAUUGCAAGGAAUGUGGCUUUGUUGAUCCUCCUAAAAAAAGUACUAAAACAGUUCCUUGGAUUCAAUGCGAUCAUUGUAAUGGUUGGUGUCACUCUUAUUGUUCUGGUCUUAACAAGAAACUCAAGUCAAGUAAACAGUUUAGGUGCAAACAAUGUGGUUAGUACAUUGAAUACUUUUCAACAUAUGGUUUUUACAUAAACUAUUAGUGUAAAAUGAAGUUUUUGUGUUUAUAUAGUUAUAUAUUAUAAUUUAUAUUUAUAUAUUUAGCAUAAAUUUAUAGAGAG